ACCUGCUUCUUAAAAGAGGCAAGAACCACAGAGAACAUGCCACGUCUCUCUUCCUUUCUCUUCUUUCCAAGUGAUUGUACUAGAGGGGAACAUCCCAAGGCAAUAUCUCAGAGCAACACUCUAAGGACAUAAGCACCAGGAGGAAAAAUGACCAAAUGUCAUCCAGUAUUCUGCUCGCUUUUGUUCUUCAUCCUGAUACAUGGGGCAUUACCUUCUGAACCUCGACACUGGUGGCCACCACAUGGAGCUGUUAAGGUGAAAUGUCCAUAUAAGAAAGUAAACUUGAGUUGGUUCACUGGAACAGUGAACCCCUGCCCUGGUUUAUAUCAACCCAUCUGUGGCACUAAUUUUGUCACCUAUGAAAACCCCUGCAUCUUGUGUGUCGAGAGCAUGAAAUCUCAUGGGAAGAUUAGGUUUCAAAAUGAUGGAAAAUGCUAGCUGAGUGAACUUGGAUGUCAAAGAAGAUAUCUUUUUUUCUCUAUCAUGACAACCCUUCCUUGCAUUUGAUAGUGACAGAGACCUGCCCCUGCUGUGCUUGUAUCAGAUAACUAAAGGUUCCUUCCUUAGACUUCUUUCCUCAUUGAUGCACUGCCUUCCAUAUUCUAAUAAAUAAACUUUUCUGGA